UUGGUUAGUUCUGACUUUUUUCCAGGGCCCACCCAAUCGUGGAAUUCUAUCGCUCCCAACUUCACUUUAUUUAAAUGGGAGGGAAGUAGUCAGAGAUUAUGCAACGCCGGUUUCUUUCUUCCUUCGAUCUACCACGUCGACCAACAACUGUCUUCCUCCGGUUCUUCCAGUUGCUGUGAACUGCCCGUGAACGUUCAAGGCCAGAGUUGAGUCGAUGGGUCCUUCACUUUCAUUGCAUUCGUGGUAUUUGAUGGAAUGUGUCGGAAGCAAACUGUUUGAUUUCGCAGGAGCAGAAUAUCUAAUGAUGAAAUCCAAUAGCUGCAGCGAGAAAGACAUCAACAACAUGUCAUUCAGGUCACUUAGUUUCAAACUAGAAGAUCCGUCAGAGAAGAUGGAGCCUACAGUGCCAAAUGCUUCGGUCAUGGAUAAAUCUUUAAGCUUCAAGAAUUGGGAACCCCAAGUGCCAAAACUAGAACCCACAUUUUCCUUCAAGAAUCAAGUUUCAGAUGAGCGCGACAACGGAGUAGUUCCACGGAAAAGAUUCAACUUUGUGGUCCCUGAACUAAAGCUUCCUCAUAGGUCUAGUCUUCCUGAGUUUACUUCACCUAGGCCUUUGAGCGAGCUUGAUGCUGCAGCCACUAAACUUCAAAAGGUCUACAAGAGUUACCGAACUAGAAGAAACCUUGCGGAUUGUGCAGUAGUCAUUGAGGAACUCUGGUGGAAAGCGUUAGAUUUUGCAUCACUCGAGCAUAGCUCUGUGUCAUUCUUCAAAGUUGAGAAACCACAGACAGCAGUUUCAAGAUGGGCAAGAGCACUAACUAGAGCUGCAAAGGUUGGCAAAGGUCUAUCAAAGGAUGAAAAUGGCCAGAAGCUAGCAUUACAACACUGGCUAGAAGCUAUUUUAAACAUGCAAAUUGUGCAGAUUGAUCCACGCCAUCGCUACGGGCACAAUUUGCAAUUCUAUUAUGAUAUCUGGUUCAAGAGUGAGAGCACCCAGCCAUUCUUCUACUGGUUGGAUGUUGGUGAUGGAAGAGAAAUAAACCCGGAUAAUUGCACGAGAAGCAAGCUUCAAAACCAGUGCAUCGAAUACCUUGGACCGAAUGAGCGGGAAGCAUAUGAAGUCAUUGUGAUGAACGGAAAGCUCGUCUUUAAGAAAAGUGGACUUCCUGUUUCAACUACAGAUGGUUCUAAGUGGAUAUUUGUUCUCAGCACCACAAGGGUGUUAUAUGUGGGUAAGAAAAAGAAGGGCAAGUUCCAGCACUCAAGUUUUUUAGCUGGGGGAGCAACAACAGCUGCAGGGAGAUUGGUUGCUGCAGAAGGGGUACUCAAGGCCAUAUGGCCAUACAGUGGUCAUUACCUUCCAACAGAGGAAAAUUUCAAGGAAUUCAUCAUAUUCCUUCAAGAGAACCAUGUAGAUCUGACCAAUGUUAAGAGAUGUUCAAUUAACCACGACGACUACACCUCAUUCAAAGAACCCACCGAUUGUAUAAAAGUCGAGGUUGAGAAAUCAAUAUUGCCACAGGUUACUGCCAAAAUUAAAGUGACAGAAACAACGAAAGAUUGCGACAAGCAAGGCAAUGGCACAGAGCAGAGAGUGGACAAAACAUUGACAACUGAGUUCAACAAGCGUUUAUUGUGCAACUGGACUACGGCAUCCGGGGCUCGAAUUGGGUGCGUCCGGGAUUACCCAGCCGACCUACAAUCCAAGGCACUUGAGCAAGUAAACCUGUCACCGAGAGUUAGUACUUCACCAAUAGCCCUCCCUGUUCCUUCCCCUCGGCCCAGUCAUGGACUCAGGUUGUCCCCCAGGCUUCAGUAUAUAGGCAUUCCGAGCCCCAUUGUCUCUCUUACCCUACCACAGCAAAUGAAAAUGUGAGGUAAGGUGAUGUGGUGGUGGUGCCAGUGAGGCCGAAACUGAUCUGUUGCAUGGUCACCUUAGUGCACUAACUAAAGGAUACGAAGUUUGUAAGCUGGCUUCGGUCACUUUUUCCCAGAGCAUUAUAUAGCGUCACAUUUUUUUUUUCCUGUUUUUUUGGGUAAGUAAAAAUGUACAUCCAAUGUCACUUUGUUUUCUUUAUGGGUUGUUUGAUAGAGAGAUAGAAAUCUUCAUUUGUUUGAAGUUGGUUUUUCCGCUUGUGUUCU